GCUAGACACAAUGAAAGUCGGCGCCUCCACGCUACAACCUUGCCAGGGGCCAGGGCGGCCACGGUGUCCUCUCCCGGAGUGUUGUGUUCGACAAGAUCCUGGCCGAGCACGGCUUACUGGGUUUUCCCUUCAGCAGCCACUCCAACUUUUCAGCGUCGGACAGCAAAGACAGCGACCUGUCGACUGCUGCAGCCAAGGUCCUCGCUCUGUCCGCCAUCCCUGCCAUCGUAGAUGUUCGAGUCGUCAAAUGGCACGAUUUGAGGCCCUCCCGGACGAGAGCCGCGUCAGGGAUGACCGGUGGCCGAACGCGUUGGGUGGCCCGGAUCGAACCGCCCGAGCCCCUGUUCCGAGACUUCGUGCGCAUGCGCGACGCCAACGACGAGUGGUACCUGACGGCGGUGCAGAAAGUCGCCGGACACCGAGACCUGCACGGACUGUUCCGCGUCGAACAGGCGCUCGUCGAACUAGCUGCGCAUAGGCGGGGAGUCCACGACUACGCGCUCACCACCGUCGGCCGGCUCGUCCAUGGGACCCACUGGAACUGGACCCGGUUCCUGACCGCCGUCUUCCGAGGCGCGGCUACAUUCGGCCGGCGGACGCCCGUCCUGGUCAAGGGCGGCUCCUUCCAGCGACAGCUGGCCGCCCUGGUGACGCAGUUCGGCGUCACGCUGCUACGAAACUACCUGGCCUUCCGCAUGUACGUACGCUACGCCCCGUUCCUGGAACGGAGGACCGAGCGCUUCAGCCAAGUGGCACAGCUAUCGGGCGCUCGCCAGCCCGGCUGGGGGGACGGGGACCCGGCGGCCGACGUCGCCGACCUGCGCUGCCUGAGGCUGGUGGCCGGCGCAGUUCCCGAGCUCGUGGCGUUCGUCUACUGGAACGGGGUGAGGCUGGGAAACCGGAAGCGGAGAGGAGGACGGAGCCCGAAAAGGCGCGCGCGACUGCAGCGCCACUUCCGCGAGAUGACACGCCGUCUGGUGGACUGGAUCGUCAGCACGUCAGCGCACGAGCUGGCGCGUUCCAACGGGACGUCCCGCGAGCUCUCCUCCCGUUUCCUGCGGUCGACGGGCUCGCUUCGGCGGCAGCUGUUCCUGCCGGACUGGCUGCACAAGCCCUGGUUGCGCAUGCGCUAUGCCGAGCUGGCCUUCGCCGACGCCGAGGAUUCUCCGCUGGCCUCGUGGAGGGCGCUGCUGGCAUCGCGCAAGAGGAACGCGCUGCUCAAGAUCGCCGACAGGGGCUUCGAGACUUUCUGGGAGGGCCCAGCGCUAAGGGACACGCCAUGGCUGGAUGUGGACGAGGGGUACCUAGCUGUGCCACCAGGUGCCGUUGACACCACGUACGUUGCGCCGCAAUACGGAUAG